CUUCAGAAAUGUGAUUCUCGUGAGUGUGCAAGGAAACCCACAGAACUAUAAUGUCUAACACUACAAGGAAUAACAACUGUUUGAAGGCUGUACUCAACUCUGCAGAACUAAGCAGAGAAGGGAAGCAUCUCCUGAUAAGGAUCAGCCUCUGUUAAGAAAUGCUAUGGUAGCUAAGAGGCAUUUCUAGGUGGAAGAGACACUGUGAAGCUCUGUGCAGGGCGAGGAGAGCUGAGGAGGGAGCCUUGCAUGUGAACCAGGAUGGACUGGCUGUGACGGCGUGCCUUAGCUGGAGGGGGAGUUACGAUGAAGAGUUCCUGCAGAGCUGGCCUCCACAGGGAACCACUGAAUUCUGCAUCUUCUACCUUCCAUCAAGUCAAACGGGUUUCUGGUAUGCACUUAAAGCCAUAUCUCAAGUUACAGAGGAAAGAGCGAUCAGAAAUAAGCCAGGACUCCCUGAGAGGCCCACCUAUGACCCAUCAGAGGUCACCCCGAGAAGACAAAUACGCCAACAACUGCACCAAACUGAGCGUUUUCCCCAAGCCCCCCCUUGUGACUCCGUCUCGAAAGCUUCUGGGAAUUAUUUAUCCGAAUACUAUGUGCAAUACGAACGGGAAAGGGCCGGCAGAUGGUCUGAGUGCCAGGGAGAAGAAAAACGUCCUGUCGGCAACGAUCCAUCAGGGAGAAGAAGGGGAAGGGCCUCUGGAUGUGUGGGCUGUGGUGAAGCCUGGCAAUACGAAGGAGAAGAUCGCUUUCUUCGCAGCCCAGCAGUGCAGCGGCAACAACCGGCUGGGCUCCAUGAAGCUCAAAAGCACGUGGGAUAUCGAUGGGAGAACAGUGAAACGACGGAAAAAAACGGUAGAUCUGAAAAAAGCCAAGAUCCAGUUGGAAAGGAUGAGAGAGGCGAAUGCCAGGUGCUCCCAGCCGGAGCCUUUCGCGUGCGGCAUCGAGCACUGCUCGGUGCAUUAUGUGAGUGACAAUGGUGAGGGGGUGUUCCCGGGCAGGUCCCUCUCCGUCAUAGAGAUGGUUGCGUUUCUGGAGCAGCGAGCAAGUGCUUUACUGGUAGACUGUGCUAAAACUUGCGCCUCCGCCUCCACCGCGAGGCUGAGCGCUCCGUCUAAAGGUGCUCUUCCCACCUCUGACCCUUUCUCCGCCGCCGGGCCGUGUGAGGUACACGAGAGAGGAAGCUGUGGCAGCGGCGAGCAGCAGCAGAGCGAGCCGGUGCGCGUCCUGGACAUGGUGGCCAAGCUGGAGUCGGAGUGCCUGCGGCGGCAGAGCGAGCGGGACGGCAGCAGCCUCUCACACAACAGCUUCCGCAGGAACGUGGGCCGGGUGCUCCUGGCCAGCAGCACGCAGCCCGGUGCCGAGCCUGGCAGAGCCUCUGCAGGCGGCGUGGGCCGGGGUGAAGAGCCGGGGGCGGCGGGGGCUGGCUGCGGAGCGAGGUGUGGGGAUGCCGGGCUGUGGGAUGGCGCUGCCUCUGCUCCGCAGCCGUUCCCUCCUGGGUUGGAGGGGAAUGUGGGUUCAGGACUCGCUCACGCUGUGUUGGCCAUUGCGGCAGGAAGGAGCGAGGCUGAAAGGCGGGUUGAGCCUCCCAGAGCUCUGCCAGCCCUGUGUCCGGCUGUGGCUGGGGUGCCGGCGGAUUCCUUGCCGAGCAAGAGCACGAAUGUUGAUUGUACGUUGAAAGAAGCUGUAAUCCUCUCGAAGCAGAGCCUGCAUCCUGCUAGGAAGGAGCCCUUGUGCAUCAGUAUAUCGGUCACCAAGACUGAGAAGGGCUGCAGGAAAGAGAAGCUCCCUCCCUCCAGUUCGAGUGAAGACCCCCUUCCGGGGAGGUUGUUUUUUCUUCAGGCUGAGCAGAAUGCCACUCAUGCACCACAGCCACUGCAGGAGCGUACCCAAGAGAAGCCAGGUGAAGGAGUGCAGAAUGAGGAUGAGGAUGCUUUGGAAUCUGACAAAUCGUGUGUCAGGACCAGCGUCUCUCCUGAGCCAUCAGCCCUUUCAGUUCCCCCUCCAGAAGGUGCUUUGCAAGCACUCGAUGCUUCCUGCUUGAAACGGCAGGUCUCGCAUGACUUUUUGGAGACCAGGUUUAAAAUCCAGCAGCUUCUGGAACCUCAGCAGUAUAUGGCUUUCCUGCCUCACCACAUCAUAGUGAAGAUCUUCGGCUUGCUCCCUACGAGGAGCCUGGUGGCCCUGAAAUGUACUUGCUACUACUUCAAGUUCAUCAUCGAGUACUACAACAUCAGGCCAGCAGACUCACGUUGGGUCCGCGACCCCCGCUACCGAGAAGACCCCUGCAAGCAGUGCAAGAAGAAAUACGUGAAGGGGGACGUGUCGCUGUGCCGCUGGCACCCCAAACCUUACUGCCAAGCUUUACCCUACGGGCCUGGCUACUGGAUGUGCUGUCACAGGUCCCAGAAGGGCAUCCCGGGCUGUAAGUUGGGUCUCCAUGACAAUCAUUGGGUUCCCGCCUGCCACAGCUUUAACCGUGCUCUCCAUAAGAAGACCAGAGGAGCGGGAGCCGAAGGAGAAGAGGAAUAUUAGUGCACAUACACUUUCCUGUGAGAUGGUUUGGGGUAGGAGGAGAUUCUCAUGCCUUGUGCUGUUUACAGUGUAUAUAAUUGUCGUGUUUUUCACAGGGCUAUGAAACUGCACAUACUUCAACACAAGAGCCUUUACCUUUUAGAAUAAAGAAAGCUUUUAGUCCAUCUAUGUAAAUAACACUAUAAAAACUAAUUGUACAUACAGAGUCUACAGCUGGCUGAACAACGUAAUCACUACAAUGCAGCUAUGAUAGUGUUGCGGCUAUAGGUGUGUGUGUGUGUGUUUUUAAGUGUCUUGUUUCAAAAUCUGUAUAUCCUGUAUAAUAUAUGAAUGUUUCUGAGAAGAAACUCUAAAUAGGUAAAGGCCAACUUGGUUAAAGAAUCUUCAAACAACUUAACUGGACAACCUUAAAACUAGAUUAGAAUAGAACAUGACAGUAGUGUUGGCAGUGGAGAAAAAAGAGAGGAAUAUUAUUGUAUAGUCAGAAUA